AUGAUGCUGACUAUUAUCAAGUAUAGAGAUCUCUCACGCAAUUAUAAUCAUAUCCUUUUAACAGUACGCCAUUAUGCUAAUGUGAGAAAUAAAGAUUUAGAUUGGUCUUCAGUGUUCGAUCCCAGAACUCCCAGGAAGAAGGCCUUGAAUAUAUUCAAAAAGAACCUAAUGGGGUCAAUUGAAGGAAGCUACACCCCAACCAAAAACUCUCCGGAAUACAAAGCAAUUUUGGCCUUAAAAGAAGACGAAAAAGUGUCAACGAGAAGAUUAUGUGAGCUGAUCAUGCAGCACCGAAUUGAUGAGCAGAGGUUGUGGGAGGUUAUUAAAGAGGCAGGUAACAGUCAUUUGGCUAAUGUAAUAAUACCUUUGAGGAUUGAAGAACAAAAUACUCAGCAAAGUCGAAAGAAACGGAAACAGUUAUUGAAAAUCAGUCCUCAAAACAGAGAUCCUAUACAAAAAGUACUGAAAAAGCUUCAAAAUGGAGAAGUUGACGCAGAAGCUUCACAGAAAUCUUCGAUUUUUUCAAGUUACGAGAGCCAAGACGAUAGAAAUACAUCACGAUCACAGUCUGAAAACUCACGAAAUAUUGACGUUAGAUGCCUCGAGCAUUACCUACAGAAAGCUGAACAACAUGAAUCACAACGAAGAAAAUAUGCUUGGGAACAAGCUAAAAAAUACAAUUGGGAGCAAAACUAUCAAGGGCCAGAAAAUCUCUCUGCAGGCCAAAUACUGUUCACUGCCUCUGAUGACAAGAGAGCAAGAAAGGGCCUUAUUGGACGACUAGCAUCUCUCUUCUCUUCACCAUCAGUUCCGGAUUCUCAACGCUCAACUGAUGAUGAAUCAAAGGAAUUGCUUGUCUACGAGUUGACGACAAAAACAGAACGAAUUGCUCCACUUUCGAACGAUAACAGUUUAUUCAAUAUAAAUUACAAAGAUCUGUUUGGUAUUAUUAACAGUUCUGGCAGCGCUCCGGAAGAAAUCCUUAGCGUCAUAAAUCGGUUCGAGAACAAGGGAUGGAAACUAGUUGGUGAUCUAUACGACCAGUCUCAAAGCAUUGUCUUCCAAAGACAAGCCUCCUCAGCCAGCCCUUUAAAGGCAGAUAAAUCUUUCAAAAGGAACACUUGGUUAUUGACCUCAAUCGUUGUCGCACUUAUCUAUGGCUCAUAUGAAUUCCAGUCAAGCAUUGGGCGAGUCAAAGACCAUCCACGCUCUUCAGCAUCAAGUUGA